UUGUGGUGUCUGGUCACGUUGCAAGCGGCGUGGACCGUGGAACAUCGACCAUCUGACAAUUCAAAGAUUUCGUGUUAUAUAGGCGUUGAGUUUGUUUUCAUCCAAGAUAUUGCUCUGCACUCUGCAAAUUAAAAUAUAGAAGGUGUAAAUUCGUAAUUUUCGACGGUAAAAGUCAGGACUCUGAAUCUUGUGAAUAUAAAAACAAAGGUCGAUUUGUAAAAUUGCUCUUUGAGAAAGUUUUGUGUAUUGUAUGUCCUCCCUAACAGCAGUUCAGAUCAGAAGAGGAGUGUAAUACAUGCAUAUUCUAUUGUAUUAUGAAUAAGUAAUAUAAUAACAUAAGGUACGCAUUUUGAACUACUUACUAUGUUUUGCACAACAUGCAUUAAAACCGAAUAUUAGAACAUAUACUUUGUAGGAAGUAGUCAUAGGACUAUAUUUGUUACAAUGGUACCUACCUAAUUACUACAUAUAAUUAAGAGAAUUACAUUUCUGUAAUAUAGGAUAUAUAGCAUUAUUACAUUUAAAUGAAUAAAGAAAAAAAAGGAUUAUAGUUAUGAUUAGGUUCACAGAAUAAUUCCCUUAGUGUCGGAUAUACUAUCAAUCAGUACUAGUGGUAUGAUAUGGUAUGUACUACUGACACAUUUUUAUGUCACUGUUACCUUACCAUUGACGGUACAAAAGUGAUGUAGGAUUGUAUCCUUUAUCUCUGAAGUAUUAUUGUACUUCAGACAUAAAGAAGUAGUAAAUGUAGUUAGCUAUUCAGUAUUGAAUAUGGGUAUUAGCAUGUACAGUUAACACCAUAUUAACUUCGGAAAUUAUUGCAAAUUCACCAUUAUUACUACUGCAGAGGGGUCCACUGUGGGUAACUUGACAUGCAGUUGACAGUACUAGGAAACUAUGGAAAAAGUGUUAAUUUUUCAAUAGGUUACCUAAAUACAAAAAACCACCUAGUCAUAUUCUUAGUAGCCAAAUGGUUUCAGUUUCACAGCAUUUCACUGUGUUGGAUUGAUUUUGCCUACAAUAAUUAAUAUGACCCAUUUUAAAAUACCUUGUUAAUAAUUUUAUUAUCUACUAGCUACAUGCCAUGGUGUUACCUGCAUAUUGUUAUCUUUAAUGUAUAGUAGUGCCAUCUACUUUAUAAAGCACCAUUUCCUAUCAGCCAUUUUGAUGAAAUCCUAUGGGAAUCACAUUCUUUCAGGUUAAAAAGUAUCUUAUGUGUUACUUUAUAUCUAAAUUAGCCUAUCUGUUUGAGUAUGAGGAAGUAACAAACUCACAAACUUUCAACCUUUAUAACAUUCGUGGGAUUUUCUAAUGUAGGUAAUUUAUUACAUUGCCCCCUUUUUUACUUCUUAGUGAGUCUUAUGUUGUUAAUUUUAUUUUAUACUCUUUGUGAAUAAUAUUUAUACCGAUUCAAGUCUCUAUGAAACUGUCAAUGUUUAUUAUUUUCUUCAACUCCUAAAAUUAACAAUUAAAUGUUAUAAUCUAGCUAUUGCCCACCUGCAGCAAGAAGUAUCUGUAAUUGGGAGUCCCCAUAACAAAUGCUAGUUUAUAGUUGUACCUAGAAAGGUGCAAUAUCUUUAUUAAACACUGUUGCAUUUAACCUAAAUACAAUCUUACAAAAGAAACUUAUUAAUACUAUGUAUCAAAUUGAUGUUAUUGGGAUUUUGGCUAUAUUAUUAUAUUUUUAUGUAUCAGCAGUUUGUCAGUGUGCAAGUGUCUUAUUUCUCAAUCAAAAGUAUGUAAUUUAUUAAAAAUACUUUGAUCUUAGUAAAUCAACUCACCGUGUCCAGUCUACACAUCCUAUCCUUGGAUAUAUCAACAUGAAAGCAUAUUGGACAUAUCUGUAUUAUUAAACUUGACAGUUCAUCUUUGGUCAUCUUCCUUACGUUCUCGAGUCGCAGGUUUGACUGUCAAGGCGGGUGAUUUAUUAUUAUUUUUCUUUUAUAUGAACAGGAUGUUUGAUGUAUUUUUGAUCUGUUAAACAAUAAAUGUAAUGAAGUGUGUUGGUGCAGUCCGCGACAUGUGAGUGAGCGCGGGAUGUCUGCCGCAGCGGAGCCGCUGUCCGCGUCGGGCGCCCGCACGCCUGCCCCGCCCGACGCUGGGCCGCCUCGCACCGCCGGGAAGCACACCGUGCAUUGGUUCAGGAAGGGCUUACGACUCCAUGACAAUCCAGCUUUGAGGGAGGGACUCAAUGGAGCUAUUACCUUUAGAUGUGUCUUCAUCAUCGACCCCUGGUUUGCGAGCUCAUCAAACGUUGGAAUCAAUAAAUGGAGAUUCCUUUUACAAUGCUUAGAAGAUUUAGAUAGUAGCUUAAGGAAGCUUAACUCUCGUUUGUUUGUGGUCCGUGGUCAACCCGCCGAUGCUUUGCCGAAACUCUUCCGCGAGUGGGGUACCACCGCGCUUACCUUUGAAGAAGAUCCUGAGCCUUAUGGCCGGGUUCGAGACCAUAAUAUCAUGUCCAAAUGUCGCGAGGUCGGCAUCACUGUUACAUCUCGCGUAUCACAUACGCUCUAUAAAUUAGAUAAAAUAAUUGAGAGAAAUGGUGGGAAGGCGCCUUUGACGUAUCACCAGUUUCAGGCAUUGAUAGCCAGCAUGCCGCCGCCGCCGCCCGCUGAGGCUGCCAUCACGGUGCAGACGCUCAACGGGGCCACCACCCCGCUGGCAAACGACCACGAUGACCGAUUCGGUGUCCCCACGCUCGAAGAACUUGGGUUCGAUAUUGAAGGUUUGAAGCCCCCUGUUUGGCUGGGAGGAGAAAGCGAGGCGUUAGCUAGAUUGGAAAGACAUCUGGAAAGGAAAGCGUGGGUUGCGUCAUUCGGCCGCCCGAAGAUGACACCGCAGUCGCUGCUUGCUAGUCAGACUGGGUUGUCACCAUACUUGAGAUUCGGUUGCUUAUCGACAAGACUGUUUUAUUAUCAGCUAACAGAGUUGUACAAGCGAGUGAAGCAAGUCCGCCCACCGCUAUCUCUGCACGGCCAAAUACUUUGGAGGGAAUUCUUCUAUUGCGCCGCCACUCGCAAUCCUAAUUUUGAUCGGAUGGAAGGCAACCCUAUAUGCGUACAGAUUCCUUGGGAGAAGAAUCAAGAAGCUCUGGUUAAAUGGGCGAGCGGUCAAACUGGAUUCCCCUGGAUAGACGCCAUCAUGAUUCAACUUCGGGAGGAGGGCUGGAUUCAUCACUUGGCGCGACACGCGGUCGCCUGUUUCCUCACGAGGGGCGACCUUUGGAUCUCAUGGGAAGAAGGCAUGAAGGUUUUCGACGAGCUGCUCCUCGAUGCGGACUGGUCCGUCAACGCCGGGAUGUGGAUGUGGCUGUCUUGCUCUUCCUUCUUCCAGCAGUUCUUCCACUGCUACUGUCCCGUCCGCUUCGGCCGCAAGACUGACCCCAAUGGUGACUUCAUCAGGCGUUACAUCCCAGCGCUGAAGAACAUGCCGACGCGGUACAUCCACGAGCCGUGGGUGGCGCCCGACUCCGUGCAGCAGGCGGCGCGCUGCAUCGUCGGCCGCGACUACCCGCUGCCCAUGGUCGACCACCACAAGGUCUCGCAGAUCAACAUCGAGAGGAUCAAGCUAGUCUACUCGCAGCUGGCCAAGUACAAACCCCAAGCCAAUUUAAACUCCGCUCAGCUUCAGAGACCAAACGUAAUGCAAUCUUCGCCUAGUCCAACUUCAAUAAUUACAAGUAUAAAUCAGUCGAAUUACCUAUGCGCUCAAACGCCUGAUUCGCAGAACACAGCUCCACAAAUAGUUCAAUACAAAAAUACAGCAGUGUUUCAGCAGCCCAAACAUAUGCAGCGGAUUGACUCCAAGCAGCAGCAGCAGUUCAAACAAGUCGUCAUAGUGCAACAAAUACAGAACUCAAAUAUCGCCCCUGCCGCUAUAACGAACGCUCCUUACGUCAACGGUCAACACACUAGAGUCGACCCGAUGAAGCCUCCGACUAAACAGGAGAAUUAUGAUUUCAAAAACUUGGCUAUACGAGUAAAUAACUACAAUCAAGAAUAUAACAACCCAGAGAUAUAUCAGAAUGAGGAAUCGGCCAAUGAAGACUAUCAAACGUCAGUAAAAAAUAGUAAUUACGGUUUUAUGAAACCAAAGUUCUAUCUAUCACCAUUUCCGGACAAUAAAGCUUUGCAAAAUUCCAACAAUGACAAUAAAGCGACAUUUGUAGUGCCCGGUCACAAUUAUACCGCCGCCGACAAUGACAAUAAUAAAAAGGAGAAGAGAGAUUUAAUUGCCGAUGGAUUGAUGUCUGCAGACCGAGAUGAUAAAAACAGUAAUGCUCCUAAUGAAAAUCAAAAGUAAACGAUAAAUGGUCAUUUUUGGUGCACUACUACUAUUUAUGAAAGUACUAUCUUAUAUCUUUUUUCCUGUUUAAUAAAAAAAGGCAAGUCAUUGUACAUAUAAUUUUUAAGGAUUCCGUAAACAAUAGAUAAUAAUGAUAUAUCUAUUGUUGUAUCCCUUAUUCAACCUUUUUGUUGUCUGCGGAUGAAUAAGGAGAACCGCAUUUUUAAAUAGGGCGAAUAGUGUGGUAAACUUAAUUUGAGAUAAGGAAAUACUAUAAAACAAUUUCUUAAAAAAUAACAAGUAUAAUUUUAAAAUGUUUAAAUAGUACUACGUGUACGUAUAGUAAUAGAAGUUACUAAAAUUUUGUCAUAAUUACUAAAACUUAUAUUUUGUAAGAAGGUGAACUGUCUCUGUAAUAUUACAUAGUUUUGGUUUUGAUAGUGUAUGGUUGUAAUAUGGAAUGAAUUACUCAAUAAAAUCUCCCUUGGUGAGUUCUGAUGAAUGUAGUGUAACGAGAGUAAAAUAAUUAAAGUAGUAUUGUGUGCUGCUGUAAAUGUUAUUGCAGCAAAUUAUUUCUAUAUGACACCUGACUUUCAUUUCUUGAGAGUACAAUGUCCUAUUUUUGCAAAUAACUAUGAGGUACAGUUGUAAGAUUGUACAAGUAUAAUUGUACACUUCACAUACACAUUGUUUCUAGAACUUUUUUUUUGUGAUUCACACACUGAGGACAAAACUUAGUUUCAAAAUGGCAGAUGACAUGACAGUACCUUGCCCCGAUCGAUCCGGCGGAGUAUUUUGUGUCCGUGUACCAAGAACUGAAAGCAGAAACAUUGUUGAUACAAAAAUAUAUAGUGAAACAAUAUUUUUGUAUAGACAAUUUUGUUGAAUUUUGAAAUAUUUUUGUUGAUUGUAUAGGGAGAAAUACACGCGCUUUACAUUUUUUUAUAGCAAAAGCAAGUAAGGCCAAAGAUACAUGAUAUAUCAUGUAGGAUACCCGGAUAAUUCAUAAAUAAACUGCUUGUUAAACCUAUUUUACAAUAUGUUUUUUCCUAUUCCACUAUAUUCUAUUUUUUAAAUUAUAAAAAUUAGAAACUGCAAAGUACAUGUUUUACAAAUUUCUUAUAACUUAAAAUCAUUAUUUGGUGGUGGUCCAAAAGUGACCUUAUGGCGGCUAGCACUUAGCUCUUUAUUGCCGUUUUGUUCCAAUACAAAACAACGGCAAUAAAAACCUAAGUGCUAGCCGAUUGAUUUGGACGACCACAUUUUGUUGUACAUAAAUUAUACACCUAAUGUCAUAAAUAGUACCUAAUUAUAUUAUAUUAAUAUAA